ACGCGACGUCCCGGCGCCCGGAAGUGACGCGAAGGGUACUCAGCCCUCCCCUUUACAAGCCGGCCCGUGAGCCUCUCGGCUUCCUCUUUGCAGCUCGCGCCGACCAUGGGGAUCUCCCGGGACAACUGGCACAAGCGCCGCAAGACCGGGGGCAAGCGCAAGCCCUACCACAAGAAGCGCAAGUAUGAGCUGGGCCGCCCGCCCGCCAACACCAAGAUCGGCCCCCGCCGCAUCCACACAGUGAGAGUCCGUGGGGGAAACAAAAAGUACCGGGCGCUGAGGCUGGACGUGGGCAACUUCUCCUGGGGCUCCGAGUGCUGCACCCGAAAAACAAGGAUCAUCGAUGUGGUCUACAAUGCGUCCAACAACGAGCUGGUGCGGACCAAGACGCUGGUGAAGAACUGCAUUGUGCUCAUCGACAGCACGCCUUACCGCCAGUGGUACGAGUCCCACUACGCCCUGCCGCUGGGCCGGAAGAAGGGAGCAAAGCUGACUCCUGAGGAGGAAGAAAUUUUAAAUAAAAAGCGGUCAAAGAAGAUCCAGAAGAAAUAUGAAGAGCGGAAGAAGAACGCCAAGAUCAGCUCGCUCCUGGAGGAACAGUUCCAGCAGGGCAAGCUCCUUGCCUGUAUAGCAUCGAGGCCGGGCCAGUGUGGCCGAGCAGAUGGCUACGUGCUGGAGGGCAAAGAGCUGGAGUUCUACUUAAGAAAGAUCAAAGCCCGAAAGGGCAAAUAAACUCUAACUUGGACAAUGGCUAAAUAAAACCCCCAGAUUGGUUA